AUGAAGGCCUUUCGUGACGCUUUCGCCCUUUCGGCGGCCGAGGUGGAUGGGAGGACACCGCCGGGGACGGUCAGGAUUCUCGACCAACAGGAAGACUCAACGAGCAGUAUUAGUGGCCACCUCGUCAAGUUCCCCAAGCCAUCCAACAGCCCACGAGAUCCCCUCAACUUCCCUCUUUGGCAAAGAAUUGCAGCAUUGCUUGUCGUCUCUAUUUAUGCCUUUAUCGGAAACUACACGGCGUCCUCCAUCGCCCCAGUACUGCAGCUCUGGUUCUCUGCGUACCCGCAAGAACCGAAGCCGUUCUCCGAGCUCUCGUACAUCAUCGCGGUCAACCUCCUAUGCCUCGGCACGUCCAACGUCUGGUGGGUGCCCCUAUCCAGCUGGAUGGGGCGCCGGCCGGUACUCCUGAUAGCCACGCUCCUCAUGACGCUCUGCUCGGUGUGGUGCGCCGAAGCCAAGUCGUUCGCCUCUCUCCUCGCCGCGAGGGUGUUGCAGGGGGCCGGUGCCGGUGCAUCUGAGACGGUCGCUCCGGCGCUCAUUGGUGAUCUGUUCUUUAUCCAUCAGCGUGGUAGGGCUAUGGCUGUGUACACCAUCUUCCUAUCCUCCGGCUCGCUCUUCGGCGGUCUUACGGGAGGGUACCUCGGAUACGGCCACGGGUGGACGAGCGUGUGGUGGGUGAGCACGGGGUUGUCGGCGUUCGUGUUCCUCAGCGUGGUCUUCUUCGUCCCGGAGACGCUGUUUGACCGAAGCACGGUGGACCACACGAGCACCUCUUCAGUUGAGGGCAAGGAAACAAACACCACGGAAGUCGAGGCGGUUCAGGCCGAGCCACAGUCCACCAACCCCAGCCAAGGGUCCUUUACAUUUCUCCAGUCGCUCAGCGUCAACGUCGGCAGACACCCCCACGCCCGCGAAAGCCUGGUGUCGUACUUUCUCCGACCAUGGAAGACCCUCGCCCUGCCCGGGACAUGGGUCGUCAUGCUACACUACGCCGGGCUGGUGGGCGGCAUCGUGACCAUCUCGCUCAUCGCCCCGCAGAUUCUCGCCAUGCCCCCCUAUCUCUGGGGCGCCAAUUCCGGCUUGAUCAACGUCGGUGGCUUGGUUGGCUGUCUUGUGGGGUACUUGUACACGUUCCUCCUCGCCGACAGCCGGUUGAAGGCCCAGGCUAAGCAGCAACGACGCGGUAUAGCGGAGGCCGAGGACCGGCUGCCAACGCUCUUCUUCCCGCUCUUCGUUGCAACGUCGGGUUUCUUUGUCUUUGGGUUUUGUGCUCAGUAUCCGGGGCCCAGCCGCUGGGUUGGGCUGCAGUUUGGUUAUGGCAUGAUUUCUUUUGGGCUUACCCAGGUGCCGUCGGUGGGCUUCAACUACCUCAUCGACGCAUACACACAUCUGGCAGCCGAUUGUUUCACCAUGGUCACAAUUCUGCGUUCUAUCAUUGCCUUUGCAUGGACAUUCUUCGUUGCCACUUGGGUGCAAGACCGUGGGGCAGCAGAACCGUUUGGCAUCUUUGGCAUGUUGAUGGGCAUUUUUGCCUUACUUACUGUGCCUUUGUGGAUGUUUGGAAAGCGAAUGCGGAUUGCAACCAGUACCAAGGUGGCACGUUAG